UCCAACAGCUGUCCCACGUAUUUUGCAAUGGAGAACGACUACGUCUAUGCCCGAGAUGAGGAAGUUGAACAAUUAUUUUUUCCAGAGCAAAGAGUCAGUUCAGUUGCGGGCGCUACGUCCGAGUGAAGAGGAAAUGAGACAAUCAUAUUGGAGUUGGCCACAGGAUCGCCCUGCUGUUGUCUCGGCAGAGUCAAUUCCUUCUUCAUGUGCUGAUCUUGAUGAGUUGAACAAGCUGGUAAGCUUGUUGAGGUCCGAGUUGUUUCAAGUAAAGCGAGAAAAUGACGUCCUUGAGUUAAAGGUCAUACGGAUGGAAAAAACUUUUGGACCACUGUUUAGGUCCUCAGUUUGAGCAGGAAGUAAGGAGGGACCUAGCUUUACUGAAAGAGAGGACGAAUCGUUGUGCCAUCUCACAUCUAUUUAAGGGAUCUGACGAAAUGGAUGAUAGUGAAUGGGAUGAAGGGCCAAGUAACAGAUAUGAGGGAGAGGAAAAGGACGAGGAGGGAAUUGAAGGGGGUGAAGUGCAAAGAAAACCAAGUGAGGUAGAGGAAGCGCAAAGGAAAAGAAAAGAGGGAGAGCAAGUGAAAAUAAAAAGCAGCAAGGGAGAGGAAGCGCAAAGAAAGAGCAGUGAGGGAGAGGAAGUGAA